AUCCUAAUGGUGUGCCUUAUCUAAUAAGGGAUACAAUAUCUUACAUGUGGCUUGGCCUCUGGAACGAUCGUAGGGUCCUUUUCCACGAACAAGAUAAAUGUCCUUGACGCGUUGUCGUCUACGCUUGGUGUGGGGUGGGGGUGUGAAAACCGCAAUUCAUCAAUGAUCUGUGCCUGAAGUUGCAGGAUGUUGUUGAACACUAUUUAUUGUGGUGAGCUUUGUGGAUGUUGUAAGGUAUUAAUUAAUGGUUGUCAAUUGUUCACGUAUGCAUUAACAGUUGUGUAUGCAUUAGAUGAGCAAUUGUGACAUUACAAUUCUCUUUCCUCAAUGAUCUUAUCUGAUAUUAGUGAUGGUCUUUUAGCUGAUGAGAGCGUUGACCCCAAAGUAAACGGUUUUGGCGCUUUUGGUUUGUAAUGUUGUGACACUUUUAUCUCAAUAAUUCACGCGACUAGAACUUCCAGAGGCUCCACUAGUUCUCUGCGACAAUCAUAGCAAAUAAACAAAUCAGAAACAAGAAAGGAAAAGGAACAUUUUCUUUUUGGUGUACUUCUGCUGUUACACCUCAAAUAUGAUACCUUCAUUUCACAGGCCACAACCACUGUAAUAACCCCCACUUCUAAUUUCACAGAUUUUUGAUCAACCCAAUGGCUUUGUUUUUCCAAUUUAGGUAUAAGUAAUCGUCUGCUUUUCCAAAUUUCUCAAGUUGAAAUCUAAAUUACAUGAUAACCGGUGCACGACAGUGGUGUUUAAUUUGAAUUUGGCCGGCCAAUUAUUGGUGGGGUCUACCCUAACAGUAUAUUGAAUUUUAAUUGAAAAUUGCAAGUACCUGAAAGUCCAUAGAGGUCUGAGUUUCCCCCAUGCUUCUCUUUUUUUUUAUUUUAUUUAACAGCAAGGCCUGUGCCGACAACAACUUAGAAAACACAAGUCUGAAACAUAGAUGGUUUUUUUUUUUUUUUGGUCGAAGAAACAUGGAUGGUUUCAGACAGUUUUGAUUAUUGCAUCAAUUCCCAUGGGAAAGAUACAUUGGCACAAAGAUGGUUUCAGACAGUUUUGAUUAUUAUUGCAUCAGUUCCCAUGGGAAAGAUACAUUGGCACAAAGAUGGUUUCAGACAGUUUCGAUUAUGGAGAGUUCAAAGAGAAAAGAAGACCCCCAAAAAAAAAACAAAAAAAACAAAAAAAAAAAACUUGAGACCCAAGUUCACGUUAUGAGUUUGACAUUUGACAUAUUUAAGUGGUUAGCGUUGAUUUGGUCUUCCCGCGGAAACAUUUAUAUAUACAGCUUUCUCGUGCAGAGUUAUUGUGUAAAAGGAGAGUGCAGCUUCUGUGAAGGAGCGAACAAAUCAAGCCAAGGUUCAUUUGUUCAGAUACGUUAGAACAUAGAUAGAUUCAGCGUCACCGUUGCCCUUAUUGACUCUCUCUCCAACUCUCUCCUCUCUCCUCUCUUCUUUUCUACUUAAAUUCUAAGAGAGCUAUGAGGGUCAUUCUGCUGCUUCAUUUUCUCCCCGGGGUACUAGUUGGUUGGUGUUCUUGGUAUGCUCUGCAUAUCUGAAGCCUACACACUCACAGAUUUAAGCAAAUCCAGAUGAGCAAAUCCCCCAAUUGUGCAGAUUGUUAGGGUUGUUGGGUCUGCAGAUUAUAAUCAUGUCUUGUUUAACAGCAAGAACAGGGAGGCAGAGACAACGUUAUGAGGGCCAUUUGAGGCUUGUUUCAGGGUGUAUUCCUUAUAAGUUUGAAAAGAGUGUUGGGGGUUGCAAUCGCAGUAUGGAGAAAGAAUUGCUUGUUCUCAUGAUUUCUUCACCAAGUCGGGAUGAUCUUGUGUUUCCAAAGGGCGGAUGGGAGGAUGAUGAAACGAUGAGUGAAGCUGCCUGUCGUGAGGCCUGGGAGGAAGCAGGAGUGAAGGGAGUUCUUGGUGAAACUCCACUGGGAGAUUGGGAGUUCAGAAGCAAGAGCAAACAGAAUAGCUGCAGCCUGCAAGGAGGUUGUAGAGGUUUCAUGUUUGCAAUGGAGGUGACUGAAGAGCUCGACUCCUGGCCCGAGCAGGCUAACUAUGGAAGGAAAUGGCUUACCAAAGAAGAAGCAUUCAGAGUCUGUCGGUAUGACUGGAUGCGGGAAGCGCUUAAAAAAUUUGUGACAGCUCUCGCAGAGAGCAGGGAAAAUGACACAAUAAAAGAACUGGAAGAACUUCCUUUGAGGCCAAUCUCAGAAGUUGAGCAUCAAAUGCCAUCACAAGGCUGCUUUGGCAGUCAUCCUAGCAUCCAGCAGCUUGCAGCUUGAAAAUCCAUGUAGCAAAUGCAAAUGCAUUGCACAGGGUUGCGAAAGAGUCAUGUAGAAACUUCGUGUACUGAAAGUUGCCAGUUUAGCAAUCUCUCUGGUCUUAAAUUGCAGUAUUAUUUAGUAAUUCUGUUUAUUUUUUUUAGUGAGUCUGUUUAGCUCUUCAUCAUUUGUACAAACCCUGUAAUCAAAUCAAAUCAAGAUUUGAUGCAAUCAACUGUUCAUUAUAACCCUUGUUCAUGAUGUUAACAUCUAUUUCAAUUUUGC